AUGGGAUCACUUUUCCAGCUACCAGAGGAGCUUCUCCUGUCGCCUCUCUUUGAUCGCUAUCCCUGUCGCGAACAGCAGAUUCGCUCUCUGGCAACUCUUCUCCAUCCAUCCGCAGCUCCUUGCCGAAAUGUCGUGGUGUACGGUACCGAAGCUACCGGAAAGUCUGCCGUUGUCGAGUCCCUCCUUCAAACCCUCAGCGCUCCCUCCACCGGUGACGAAUCGCAAGAUGAACCGUCUUUGAAAUAUGCCGUCGUCAACUCCAUACAAUGCAUCACCGGGCGUCAUUUGUUCGAGCGGACCGUGGCCGCGGUAGUAGAUGCCUUACAAUGGGAAUCACCGCCCAAGAAGUGCGAAACGCUGGCUCAAUUGACGGUCGAGCUGUGUAAGAUGCUCAAAUAUACUCAGAGGCCAGAAGGCUGGAGGCUGGUUCUCGUCUUCGACUCAAUUGAUCGGCAGAGAGAUGCCCCUGCAACCCUUCUGCCCGCCCUGGCGAGACUAUCUGAAGUGAUACCAUGCCUAACCUGCGUCUUCAUCGUCACCGCUCCCUCACCCUCCUUCCUCCGUUCCUCCUUCGCCCCCCAUAUCCAGUUCCCGAACUACACAAAACAAGAAUUCGUCAAGAUUCUCUCCAUCUCCCCGCCUGAGCCGACACCAACCACGACGCAGGACGACACAAACUUCCUCUGGACGCGCUUCUGCGGCGCCGUCUGCGACGCCCUCACAACCUCCGCAGCCCGCACCCUCCCUUCCUGUCGGCACAGCUGCGACGCCCUCUGGCCGCGUUUCGUGGCGCCCAUCUUAGCAAGGACCCACGGCCCCCGCGAAUUCUCAAAGCUCCUCAUCGCAUCCCGCGUCCACUUCCAGGAUGAGUCUCUCCUAAACCCGAGUAUCGUAUCCAUAAAGCCCGGCACCACUACCUCAGGCACCGCCGUCGCGAACGGCAAUGCUCCUCCAGGCACACCAUCGAAGCACACGGCGCAGCAGGCGACGAGCAUCUCCGCCACGACGGACCUGACCUCGUUGUUACCAACCACCGCCCGCCUUCUCCUGCUAUCAGCCUACCUCGCCUCGCACAACGCCCCGCGCCACGAUCUGGUCCUCUUUUCGACCUUCCACCACGGCCGCAAGAAGCGCCGCGGCGGCGGCUUCGUGGCCCCGAAGCGCGGCCGCCCGAGCAAGCACCGCAAGAUCUCGCGCAAGCUCCUCGGCGCGCACGCGUUCGUCCUGGAGCGUAUGCUGGCCAUCUUCGCCGCCCUGCGGAGCGAGUGGGCCGCCGACAGCGUAAUCGGCAGCAGCAACGGGAGCGUGGUGGACGGAGACGUCGGCAUGGCCAUCUCGACGCUCGCUAGCUUGCGGCUGCUGAUGAAAGUCGGCGCGGCUGGCGAUCAGAUGGAUCGGGGCGGCAAGUGGAGGAUUAACGUCGGAUGGGAUGUCAUCAGGGGCAUGGGACGAAGCCUCGGUAUUGAAGUGGAGGAGUGGCUUGUCGACUAG